AUGGAUCGAUUUGAACACAUAAUGUUCUUUAAUGAACAUACACAGUAUUCUCAGAGACAGUUGAUCCGACGCUUCAACAUCAUUGUGAACGAUUGGAUUGUAAAUGAGUCUAAGAAGAAAGCUCUUCAAAAAGGUUAUGAUAAAUGGAAGGAAAAUCCAAACGAAGUCAAUAAAUUUUGGGCAGAGUGGAGCCUGAAAAAAGCUAUUAAAAACAGAAUUAAUGCGCCCAUAUCAGAGGCCAGCACAUCAUCAGUAACAGUAGCAGAAACAGAAACAAUUGCUUCUACUUUAUCUAACUCUACUAACGAGCUGCUCAAGAAUUAUCUGUCGAGCUACAUUACCGCCCCAAACUGUAAACCGUAUAUGAUUGAUAGCGUCAAUGUUAGCCAAUGCUUUUAUGAUUUUCAAACUGUCGUAAAGGAAACAAUAACAAAUGGAAACACCUUAACUUUUGAAAGGCAUCUUGUCCAUAUUCUGUCAGUUUCUUCCAUACUUUUACUGUGUCGACAAACUAACGACCCCGAUUUAGACGGACACUUGAACGGCUUAUCAUCAGUCAUCAUCAAGGACCUGUUAUCACAGUUAGAGUGGGGCACCAGUAGAUUUCCUCGUGAGCUUAUCAUAACACUAAUGGACAUAUACCGUGAUUUAACCACUGAUAAAUAUGAUAUUGACGCUGCUGUAGCCAAGAUAGUUAGUUUAUCCGUCGACACUGAGCCCAUUUUUCAACGUAGCCGUCAACCUGAUGGAAGCAUUAGUUUGAAUGCAGGGCCCAUUAAUAAGCAUUUAGGGUAUAUUGAGAUUAAACCUUUUAGUACGGCUAAAAAUCACUACAAGGUUAACGUUGAUCUUACUCGUCUGGUCAUUUUCAGAAAAAAUGCCAUUGACAGCUACCAUAGCCAAAAUAUCAUGGUUAUUCAGGCAGUAGGGAUGAAUUUGACCUUCUAUAUGAUUCAACGAACCACAGAAGAGCUCUACACCAUGUUUGAGCUAGAGCAUAUCCGAUUCCCAUCGUCAAUUGAUGAAAUGACGAUGAUGUUUGUAAGAAUGGAUAAGAUGAUGAAUAUUGUCCAAACGUUCAGAAAAUACUGCCUCGCAACAAAUCUUCCUCAUGCCGAGGUUUCUAAAGGGUCUUUGAAGUCUCCAAUUUUACAAGCAAUAACAUCUGCGACUGUGAGUCGAAAAAGAAAAAAUCACCAUCAGCACAAUCAUUUUUAA